AAAUUUCAUGCAAAAGGCUGGGAUCCAUUUUCUGCGUUGUUGUUGUGACAUUUUGCGAUCUCGUUGCUUGAAUGAAGGACUGAAAGCAAAAUUUAAUCUACCUAAAAAAAUAUAUAUUUUCGGACUUUAUUAUACUCAUGAGACACUGAACAUUUUAAGAUGUGUGAGAAUAAAAUUAGUACUUAAGCCGCUUUUAAAAACAAUGGGUUGAAAGUAAGGAGUAUGAUAGCAUGAAGCAAUUUCCGUUUUAAAGCAAUAAUGGAGCUUAAUCUAACUCCUUCGGAUACUGGAACCACCAUGGAAUAUUCGGAUAACUCUUCGGACUGCAAAUAUGUAAUGAACAAUAAUGAACAGUAUUCAGUUAUAAGAAUACCCGAGGACAGUGAAAAAUCGAGUAAGCAUUCGUCCAGAAAGCAAUCUAAAAGAAGAAAAAAGAGCUCUAAUCAUACGAGAACUCUUCCACGAAUUAUAGUAAAACCUUUGCCACCUCCGCCACCACCUGAAACACGAGAAUGGAUGGCAGCUUCAUCCUAUACAGAACCGCCUCCCAAUACGAGGCCAUCAACAAUGCGCGAAGUGUUGGCCAGCAUUCCAGGAUUUUGCCUAAAGCCUCGUAAACGCAACAGUAAAAAGCUAUCUACUGCAGCUCAACUUCAGCAAACUCGGGAAGGCUGUAUUGAUUUGGAGACACCGGAUUCAAUAUUAGUAAACACUAAUAUUAGGGCUUUACUGAAUAAGCAUACAUUCUCACUGUUGCCCCCUUUGUAUCAAUAUAAGUUGGGUCAGUUAUUACCCAGUGUAGACAGACUCACUCCUUCAGGCCGUUUGAAUUCUUCUAGUCUUAAUAAUGAAUUUUUUGCUAGAGCUUGUAUAGAGUGGCAAGAAAGUCUAUCUGGAGGUGAGUUCACACCAGAGAAUCAACAGAAAAUGAAGACUGAAGCUGAAAGGGAAAAAAGUAAGAUAGACCCAUGGAAAAUAAAACAUUUUGAACCAUUCUGGGGAGAGAAGCUUAGAAAAGAAAAAUCUUCUGUGAACUUAAAUUCUGAAAGACCAUCUUUGAAGACUACAAUAAAGUUAAGACCCACUGCUUCAAUUACCAGUAGCAGUACUGUUCCAAAAAUAAAAAAGAAUAAGUCCUCCAGUACCAGCAAAAGAAUGCGCUCAGUUGGUGCUGUUACCAGAUCUUCAUGUAAAACUGAUGAAAUAACUGAUGAUUCUGUUGGAAUCAGCACUAAAUCAUCAGCACCUGUUCCAGAUCUAUUACCUAUCAAACAUAUUAAAAACCAAACACAAAGCUACGAAGAGUGCCAGGUUGAUUUUAAUUUCUCAGAUUCCUCAUCUACACAGAGGAUUGAUGAUUCUGUCUCCUCAACACCAGUAGAUCCAUUACUAUUACCUGAUACUGUGUCUGACCGAACUGAACUUAAACAAGAAUCAGAUAUCUCAGCAGUGACCAUUGAAGAUUCAAUCCUAUUGAAAGAUAGUCCGAAAGUAAAGGAAGAUAUAAUUGAUUCAGAUAGUAACUCACAUGAACCUCCAAAGAGAUUAAGUGAUGAUAAUGAAGAAUAUAAUACAGCUAAGAGGAUAAGGUUUGAAGGAGAUUAUGCUAUGGAUAAUGCUAGUUUUAUGCCUCAUAAUACAGAUUCAAGCAUUAUUAAUUACUCAGACACAGAAACAAAUUAUGGCAACGAGCAAGUGUGCCCUAAUAAUGAGAUUUUAUAUGUGAGACAAGAUCAUCCUGAUACAAACAGUGAAGAUAGUAAAGCAACACCGUCAGGUUAUGAAUAUGAUGAAAGAAGUGAAUCUUCUAUCUCAAGUUUGAAAAUAGAAUCACACAACAUAACUAAUGUUACCGUCGCAAUUGAAGAAAGUGAAAAUAUAGAAACUGCAUGUGGGGAACACAGUAUUGAGGAUGCAGAAGAUAACAAGGAAAAUGAAAAAAAAAUGCCACUAAUUAAAGAUGUGGAGAGAGAAUAUAUGCCAAUCACAAUUCAAGAGACUACCGAAACAGUUCAAACAGAUUCUGAUGACAAAGAGACAUUAAAAUUAAUUGAGGUGACUAAUGAGGUUCCAUGCCAUAAUUUGAAAAAUAUGGAAGAAGAAAACAUAGAAGUUCCGCCUAAAAGUGAAAAAUCACUAAACAAAAAUGAAAUUAUAGAAAAUACUGAAAAGUGUGGUGAAAAGCCUAAACUGCCACAAAAUGAUCUCAACAGCUAUGAUGACCACUUUAAGGAUGCGGAGUCCUACAUUCUAGAAACAGGGCUUAACAUCUUAACAUCCCAGAGUGAUGAUGUCAAGUAUACUGCCCAACCCAACUUAAUGGAAGUGUCUUCAUACAUCAGUGAAACAAAUGUAACAGCAGUAGUGACAAUGCCAUUAUCACACCAUUCGUCAAUACCAAUGAUGGAAGUUGCUAAUACACCAAUUGUGUCAUACCCAGAUGACAGCACUCAAGAUCCAGCUAAGCCAAAGACUUCAGCUGUGCAAUGGAAAAAUGAAAACAAUUGGACUAAUACUGAAAGUAACAUGGGAUUCACUACAUUUGAAACUAUGAACACUUUAAACACAAAAAAUGUGAGCGAAGAUACUAAGGCGUGCAUGGAUGACAUAAAUACAAAUGAUGAUCCAUGCAUUUACAAAGACGACAGAGAUGCAAACUUUAACAUGGAAUCUUCAAAUUCUUCAGAAAGCUGUCAAUCAAUGAAAGAUGUUGCUGUAAAGCAAGAAUUAGAUAUAGUGCCCUCUUUAGUGUCAAGUGCAAAUAUCACAAACGUACCUCAUUCUGGGUCAUUAACCCACAUUGCAAGAUCUUUGAAGAAAUCAAAGAUUGGAAAAGAAUCAAAUAGGAGCCGUAGCUCAAACAAGGUACCACCUGGUGCUGUGAAUCUUGAGCGCAGCUACCAAAUAUGUCAAGCUGUAAUACAGAAUAGUCCCAAUCGGGACGCCCUGCGAGGCCAACUGCGGCCGCCUCCUGCGCUCCUGUCCCGUCCUGCACGCGCGCUACGACCGCCCGCGCCCUCGGUGCCACAACCACACCCAUUGCUACUACGACAGCUGCCUGUCUCGGUUAUGGCACACACUGAGGUAAAUGAAAAUCGACCCAACAACAUGGGCCAAUAUAUUCUUGUUCAAAGAACGCCGAAUGUUGUACCCAGAGCCUCCAGUGCUCCACCAGCUAAUCAAAAUACAAAUGUUAGCAUAGCACGAUGUCGAAGCGUCGGUGCCGAGGACUCGUGUGUGUGUAACCUCCGUGCGAUGAUCUUAUGUAAAAAGUGCGGUGCGUUUUGCCACGACGACUGCAUUGGUUCAGCCGAACUCUGUCUCACUUGCUUCAUACGCUGACACCGCCGAAUCGCCGACACUCUUGCCACCACCAACGACCAUUCUAAAAACUAUAAACUGUGUUACAGUGCGCUCAAUUUCGGCAAGUUGUCCAAAAACUUUACACUCAUGGUAAGCAGUGUUAAAUGCUAUCUGUUAAUCGCCAUAUGGGACUUGCAGCCAAUAUGUUUAUUAAAAUUUCCAAAUCAGAUGCCUUCUAACGUACAGCCUGUGCAUUUGUUUAUUAUCUAGUAAGAAUAUCUGCUUAGUUUAAGUGCAAAGAUGUGUGAACAAUUGAUAUUGGUUGUUAGGAUUGGUGGUGCUAUCUGUUUUAAUUACUUUGAAUGUAUCAAUCAUCAAGAAUAUUAUCAUAAGUGAUUUAGGUAUUCAACAGUGUUCUUAUGACACUCUAUUUAUGCCAUUCCUGUCUUUAAGACAGCGAUGUAUUUUUACACUAUUAUAAUGAUGUAAAAUAUAAUUUAUGUGCAGAUGAUAGAUAAUUUUCUAGAAGUCUACCAAUAGAGUACCUUGUUGAUUGUAAGAAAUAACAAUGUCUAAAGCAAUAUUAUACUUGUAGGCCAUGAGAUGUAUUAUGCUGUAGAAUAAGACAUGUACAUGCAUGAUACAUAUCUCGUCGUCCGCUCGACUGAAAUAUAAUUAUAUAAAAUAAUUUCAGUUAUAUCUUUUCCAUAACGAAUGCCUUAAGAAAUUAGGAGAUAGAUAGAUCAGUGAAGAAAAGGAGUAUGCUACAUUGUGGGCGCGCUAGUCGAGUGCAGACCUGAAGUUUCCUUUAGUGCGAUUUAUUCAGUAGUUCUUGUUAAGUCGAUAUAUUCCACAAAAGAAAUUGUAAAGAGUUAAUUAACAAAUAAGUUAAAGGUACGUUAUAAGAGCUGCUAGAGUUGGCCGCAACUGCAUUCAACUCACCCACCAACCUCAUGAUAUCACAAUACUACUGCACUACAAUAUUUUUGAAUAUGGUGAAAAUAGAGUGGUCGGUAUCAACUUAAUUACUGUAUAUCCUGUCGCUUAUUUUGAUUAAAAGUUGUUUGUAAAAUAUUGAUUGAAUUACGUGAACUUUCUUAGGUACCUACCAUAAGUUGUUACUUUAAGUUUUUAUUAGUAUUUAUACACUUAAUAAUAUUGUAAAGUAAGUUAUGCAAUAUAUUUAUUAUUUUGUAGGCUCAUUUAUUUCAUAUCAUCUUGGAAUUUCCGUACAGUUAUCUUUUACAUUUUAUGUAAUCUUGUAAUAAUUGCUACUUUUUAAUGAUGCUUGACAUAAAAAUGGCUUUUGUAUUAACUGUCUUGUAACGCAAAAGGUACAGAAUUUUUAAUAAUUUUAGAUUUUACCAUUACUAUUACAUAUUUAUAUAUUUAUUUUAAAAAAAUACAAUUUUUACUUAAAAUCAUAUAUUUUACAUUUUUUAGUAUCAUGAUACUGCCAUACAAUUUACUAUUAACAACCACUAUUACUAACAAAAAUUAGGCUCCAAUUUUCCAGAAAAAUAAAGUAUCUUAAAUAAAAUUAUCCAAGUGCACAUACUUGGUAACUUGGCCUUAUAAAUUAUUAUAACUUGCUGCUUUAAUAUGGGAGUUAAAUUUUUUUUACAUUAAGGUGAUUUUGAAUAAGUUAAAUAAAUGUAAUAAAAACCCAAUUUACUAUGGCUCAAGUCGAAUGAACCGUCAAAGGAACUGUUCUAAAAUGAAGACACCAAGUUAAGUUUGUGAAUUAAGAUACAAAAAAACAUCAUAGUAUCAUAAUCGAAAAUAAUGCGUCUUGCACAGCUCGCUUGAGGUCGACGGCCGUGUGGAGCGAGUUCGCUACCUGCAUUGUCAUGCUGAACUCACGAAAUAAGAACCUCAUAAAACGAAAUGAAAAAAAAAAUGUUUCCUUGAUAAGUUCAUGUAUGUUAUUACCACGGUUACGGAUAUGGGAACGCAUAUUACGUUCUUUGUUUUUAUUCAUUAUUCCAGAAUAAAUAAACAGUCUAGCUAUAAUUUAAACUAUAAUAUAAAUUUUUGUGCAUCUUCAUUUGCAAUUUUUUUUGAAAAUACAUACAAUUCAUACAUAUUUGAAGAACUAAAAUAAUCAAAGAUAUUAAGAUAGAUAGAGUGUAGUGAGUUUCUCAUGUGCGAUUUGCUAAUGAAUUAUUACUGCCGCACUAGUAUUAAUAAAAUUUCGCAAAUCUGCAAUUUCUAUUGUAAUCUCUUGGCAGCUACGAUUGCGGCUCAGAAUUUUCGUAUAAAACUCGCAAAUUCAAACUUGUGUGGCGUAAUUGUUUACUGUGACAUGACACUAAACGACUGGUAUAAAAAUAUAGACUGUUAUUAUCAUAA